AUGCAAUUGGAGCAGUUUUUAUCUCUAGCCGAAAAAAACCGAGAAACCCUAGUGCUAAAGCCGUUCGAAAUGUUUCAGGUGAAUGGACAAUGGGCGUUACCGGAUUUCGUCUGCGACUUCUACAUCGCCAUGGAUGUCACUUGCUCAACAUCUUCAAUAUUUAAUUUAGUAGCAAUUUCCAUAGAUAGGUACAUAGCAGUAACGAAACCGAUCAAGUACGCCAAGCACAAGAACAGCAGAAGAAUCUGGUUGACAAUAGCAAUAGUUUGGGGAAUAUCGGCGGCGAUUGGCUCCCCAAUAGUGUUAGGGCUGAACAACACCUCGGACCGGAUAUCUGACGCCUGUCUCUUCUUCAAUAGCGACUUUAUAAUCUUUUCCAGUUUAUCAUCGUUUUAUAUUCCCUGUAUAAUCAUGGUCUUCCUAUAUUAUAGCAUUUUUAAGGCACUUAAAACGCGGGCUAUGCAGCAGAGAGCGGUUAGAAAACCACUGCCUAGCGAAAUAAAAGCCGGAUCUGUGAUAGAGAACUUGGCUAAUACGAGGCGUUUGGCCGAGACCCAUCUGGGUCCCACACCCAUCGAAGAGCAAGCAACCAACACAGGGUCGGGAUCAGGCGACGAUGACGACGAGAUCUUGGAUGCCGAAUGUCAAGUUAUAUCUAACGAUCGAAGUACCGAAUUUAUUUUGGCCACUGUUGUUGAAGAAGCAGCGAUCGUUCGCCGUAAUGAUUCGCUCGAAUUCAACAACAAAAUAAUAUCUAGUGUAGUAGCCAGUUUAGCCACCCCAAACAACUUGGGCGACCCCAAUGGAAACAACGACUCUGGUUACGCGCACAGUCAAGCCGAAAGCAUAGCGCCGGACAGCCCACGACCCUUUGGGGGUCAUCGACUCCCCUCCAAGAGGAAUGGAGCCAUGGACAAUACGGAACUGAGGUAA